AUGACCAUGGCAUCUAGGAAGACGACCUCCGUCUACGACUACCCGGAGCAUUUGAAUCCGUUCCACGAGGAGGAUAACCAUAACAAGAUCCGAUUCUGGACGAUUGGAAGGAAGAGGUCGAGCAGCAUCAGCUUCUCUGGGAUUAAGGAGUUGAAAAAUUCUUGGUCGUUGCGGUCGUUCAUGAAAAAGGGGAAAAAAGGUGAGCAAGCACCGUUGCCUGCACCAGCUCAAAGUGUUCAAAGCAAGCCUACUAACGACGUGAACGGCGAUAGCAGUCCUAUCGUGUUCAGGAGAGCUAUGCAGUACUCUUCGAUGUCCCGAAGCACCAUAGGUACAGAUCGCUACGUGUACGGAGGAUCCGUUACUCCUUUACCGCGAUCAAGAUUUCAGGAACGGUUACGAAGUUCACAGCAAGACGUCAAUGGUUCACCUAGCGCAACACCGCGAAUGGCACGCAGUGAAAUCAUGGGGUCAAGGUUGAGUGUUGCCAGCACAAACCCCUUUGACGAGCCUCCCAUACCCCCGGUUCGUGCGUCUCGUCGCAAGAAGAAUCGAGCUCCAGCACCUCCGCCAACGACGCCGCCCGACGCAGUAACAGAAAUCGCGGUAAACACUUCGGUAGACUCAGACGUGCCUGUAGAUACUAGUAAUAGCAAACCAGACGCAGUUGAAGAUCUAGAUGAAAUGAACCUGAAAAUUGAACUAAAAAUAGUAGAAGAUGAAGACUGCGAUACCAAGACAUCUAAUGAUUCCAAUACAAAAGAGAAAGAACCGUCCCCGGUACCAAUUCUUGUACAGGACAUCUUAAACGUAGAAGAAAUUGAUAGCAAUAACAGAGACACUGCUACACCAGAAAAAGUAGAAAGCGCCAGCUCUGAAGAGAAUAUUCUCAACAAUGUAUCAUUCCCCAAGGUUAACAUCCAUCAAUACAGAAGGAAUUCUAGCGUUAACGAAGACGACGUCAGAUUACGGCGAGGCAAUUUAGAAGACUUUAACCUUUCAAACAAAAGGAGUAAGAGUUUGACGAACACUAUAGACGGUAGUUACACGGUUUACGACAUAAAUUUAAAUGAUACGAGUGUAGAUGAAAACAGUAACGAGGAGCCGAAGAAAGUUAUCUGCAAACUUUACGACGAAAGAAAGGAAAGCAUAGACACCUCUGUUUCGAGUACUGAAAAGGAGUUUAUGGAAAUCGACAAAGCUACCAGGGAACUUGAAAGGGAGAUUAGCAAAUUAAAUUCGGCUCUUCACGACGAAGACUUGUCGAUAAGCGAAGGUCGUCUCUCGGUUUCAGACAUCAAGCGAAAGUUCGAUCGAAGCUCACCAAAUCCUAUACCAAAGCCGAGACGAAGUCACUACGGAGGUUCUAGUUCACCUAUUAACAACAAUUAUGAAGCAUAA